AGAGAGAAAUUGAAACGGUUAAUAUGUCUUUAGCUCGGGGAGGGUCGGGACUACCUCCGACUGGUUCAAGUUCAGGGGUAGGACGGGAUUCUAUCUCCAGGAAGCAUCGGAGAGGAUCCAGAGAAUCCGUUCUUCCCACCGCUUACAAGGUUCAUCUGAACUCCUUGUUCAAGGAGAUAGAGAAUGAGUUCUCCCACCUGUACCUGGAGAACGUGAGACUGAAGGAGCAGAUACAGAUGCUGGAGAAGGGGAAUAUAGACCGGGAGAAGGAGGAUGACACGGACGGGUUUGAUAUCAACGUGAUUAAAUCUUUCACCAAGAAGAAUUUUCCUAAAACUCGUCACAAACUAAAAGCUCAGACCAGCAAGAUAGUUUCAAGUUUUAAAACCUCCGCCAUAUCAUGCUCCUUCGUGAAGGAGUACAAGGGGCACAGGGACGGGAUCUGGGAUGUGUGUGUCUCCAAUGUGAACUCUCCACUAGUAGGAACAGCUUCUGCUGAUCAGACCGCUGUUAUCUGGGGAGCAGAUACAGGCAAAUGUAUCAUGAGAUAUACAGGACAUCAGGGUUCUGUCAACAGUAUCAAAUUUCAUCCGGUCCAGGAUCUUGUUUUAACCAGUAGCGGAGACGGUACGGCGCAUGUUUGGAAGACGACUGCACUCGGAGAGUCUGCUAGUCAUCCUGGGCUUAGGAUUCACUCCAGCGAGGAGUCUGCGGAAAGUUCUGACGAUGGUGGUGAAAACCCUGGAGAAAUUAUUCUUAGAGGAUAUGUCGUCUCAACUCCUCUAGUCGUCCUUUCAGGACAUCAGAAUGUCGUUGUUGCAGCAGAUUGGUUGGCGGGGGGAGACCAGGUUGUAACAGCCUCAUGGGAUAGAACCGCCAACCUCUGGGAUGUUGGUAGUCAGACCCUGCUCCAUAGCCUAGCAGGUCACGACAUGGAGCUGACCGGGGCAGCUUGUCAUCCUACACAGAGACUUCUCGUCACCAGCAGCAAGGAUUCUACCUUCAGACUUUGGGACUUUAGAGAAAGUAUUCAUAGUGUUUCAGUAUUCCAGGGUCAUACCGAAUCUGUGAGCUGUGCUGCAUUCAGUAGAUCGGAACAUAUUGUCUCCGGGUCUGAUGAUAGAACUGUUAAGGUUUGGGAUCUCCGAAAUAUGAGAGCUCCGCUUACUAAUAUUCAAACUGAUUCUCAGGUGAAUAAGUUGGCAAUAAAUUCCAGUGGAAUGAUUGCCAUUCCCCAAGAUAAUAGGAACGUGACGAUCUUCGAUAUUUCGGGAGCUAAACUUCUCCGGCUCCCUCGGGACUCUAGAAAGUGUCAUAUGAGGAUGGUGAGUAGCGUAGCCUGGGCCCAGGACGGAGAAGGAUGGCGGAGUCAAGCAAACCUGUUCAGUGCAGGGUUUGACAGGUUGGCUCUGGGUUGGAAGGUGAAGAGUAAGGAUGAACCUAGCUCCGGGUCUGCAGGAAAGGUGAAGGUGAAGGAAGCAAGCUACUGACCUCACGCCAGGAAGUCAAUCUUCCUGUAAAUAGUACUCACUACUCACUAUACAAUUUAUACACAAUAUCUUCCAUAGGUUCAGUAAAUAUUUAGCAUUCCUUUAUAAAUAAUUAUAUUUGUGUUAAUGUAUUAUAGGUGGAAUUUUAACGUUUAACAAGGAACCUGCUGAGGUUUCCGGAAAAUAUCAUCUUCCGAUAAAUUCAGAAAAUAAACAUCCGCAAUUUUA